AUGUGUAAAUACUACGCCCACGCCUUCCUCUGCAAGCACAUCACCUUCUCGUUUGCCACCUUUUGCGACCCGGCCAGCAUGAUCCAGACCCGCUGCGGGGAGAGGUCGAUAUGGCAGACGAUCCGCAUGGAGGAGUACUGUGACGACUGCAAGGCUUAUUACCCAGCACCGUCGUCGUCGGCUCACUCGUCAAGGCGGCGGUAA